AUUUUCUUUUAUCCGUUAUAUUGGUGUUUAAUUUAGUUGAAAAAUUGUCGGUUGAAUGUAUAUUAAAAAUCGAAUCUUGUUAUUUUGUUUUUACAGUCGACGUUGAAACGAUUGCCACCGUUAUAUUAAAGGUGUCGUUACUCUACAAAAUUCAAUGUACUACUCAUAGGCGCAAAUUGCCAUGGGCUGGGGAGAUUCAGCCCUUCUAAACUUUGUAUAUCUCCCUCAAAUACUUAUGUCAACGUAGACAACACACUAUUAAAAACUAAAAAUUGAAGUAAACCGAUUUUACAACCAGCCGAUCUAACCUAAUCUAAAGAUAUUGUUGUAGACGUUGAGGAUAUGUUAAACGAAUUUUCUAUAACAGAAAAAAGAAUAAAUCUAAUGUCGUUUACUUUUUAAUAGUUUGUUUUGAUUAACAAAAACGAUAGAGAAGACGGGGGGAAUUAGUCUAACCAACCAGAAAAAUGAAGGGGUCCGUGACUAUACUACAUGUCUUAAAGGAAUCCAUGUUUCAGAAAAAACCUCAAAAACCUCUUCUCUAGUGAGUAUAACGUCCGUCCGUAGUUAUUUACAUUUGUAAAUCGUAAAUAAAAACGUUAUUUUUAUUCGCAACCGAAUACAUUGUCCAAACAGUCGAGAAUUAUAAACAAGCUUAGCGGAUUGGUUUCGGGUUUUUAAGACCGCUUAUGUUGCGGGGGUAGUUUACGUCGUCGUCACGCCGUCAGUUUUGUUUUAUUCCGCGGUCACAGUUCUGCAACCCGACGCGAAAAUCGAAAACAAACUCCGCGCCCUAUCCGGAACAACGUUGCGUACAAGGGACGGGGGUGGGGGGGGAAAUUAUAAUGAUAAUAAUAUUAAUUGCAGAACGUAAACGCGUGUAAUGUACAUACAAGUUUAACGCGGCCCAAGAUAUGUACCUAUACGACGCGUGCACUACACACGGUCGUGCGAUGCGGUUUUUCCAAAUGUAUUCCGAAACGACGGUGCAAAGCCCGCGGGUACGGAGGAUGGAUGCGCCGCGGAAGGGUUAGCGUGAUCCGCCGCGCGUCCUCUUCGGCGGCCGGUGAGUGAGGUUAGACAGAGGAGGGAACAUGGGCGGCGGGGUAAGGGUGGCUCGCGCGCUGUAUUUAAGGACCACCCGCCGAAGGGUCGGCUGGGCAGGACCGCGCAUGGUGAAUCGUUCCAACCCCAGCCAUUGGUCGGCGUCGGGUCCCGGCGCGGUCCCGCCCAGCGACGUUUCGGGCUGCCGUCGCCGAAGCUUUUCGCUGAACGUUAUCCGUAAUCGACCCUCGGCCCGUCACCGCGCUGCACAUGCAACGCACCGCAACGGGAGAGUUGUGACCGUGCGCGACCGCCAGGACGACCGCUGCCGCCGACGCCGCCGAGACCUAAUCCGCGCGAACGACCGACGGCAGUUUUCAGACAAGAGUUGUCGAGAAACGGCGCCAUAUACCGUCGCAUCAAAGAUUUAGAAAAAUGACGUUAGCGAAAAUGGAUCAGAGGUUUCAGUUAAUCAGUCAUCACAGGGAUGAUAAACCAACCGAACCACAGAGAGCGCUAAAUCCAGUGAUCAAUAAUUCUAAACCGAACAAAGUUCUGUUUUGUCUGUCCAACCAGGUGGGCACGGUGAUCCUGUACGGGGUGCCGAUCGUGUCGUUGCAGAUGGACAACCAGGAGCGGCUGUGUCUGGCCCAGAUCAGCAACACGCUGCUGCACCGGUUCAGCUACAACGAGAUCCACAACCGGCGGGUGGCGCUGGGCAUCACGUGCGUGCAGUGCACCCCGGUGCAGCUGGAGAUGUUGCGCCGGGCGGGCGCGAUGCCGGUGUCGUCGCGCCGCUGCGGCAUGAUCACCAGGCGCGAGGCGGAACGGCUGUGCAACUCGUUCCUGGGCGACAACACGCCGCCCCGACUCCCCGAAGACUUCGCGUUCGCCGUGCACCACGAGUGCGCGUGGGGCUGCCGCGGCUCGUUCCUGCCGUCCCGGUACAACUCGUCCCGGGCCAAGUGCAUCCGGUGCUCCGUGUGCGGCCUGUUCUUCUCGCCCAACAAGUUCAUAUUCCACUCGCACCGGACGGGCGCGGGCGCGCGCUACGUGCAACCGGACGCGGCCAACUUCAACUCGUGGCGCCGGCACAUGAAGCUCAGCGACGACCCGCCGGACCACGUGGUGCACGCGUGGGAGGACGUCAAGGCCAUGUUCAACGGGGGCACGCGAAAGCGCACCGUGUCCAGGCCGUCCCCGCCGUCGAUGGCGCACCAACAGCACCAGCAGCUCCAGCAGCACCAACAGCUCCAGCACCAGCAGCAACAGCAGCAGCAGUCAUCGCAAACCGCCAUGCAGGUGCAGCAGUCUUCGUCCUCGUCGUCGCCGUCCGCCGCCGCCGCCACGUCGGCUCCGAUCGUCGUUCCUCAGCCCGUGCUCCAGUCAACGUCCCAACACCACCAUCCGCACCACCACAAUCACCGGUCGUCCGCCGCGCAAUCUCCCGAACCGCAGAAAAAGUCCGGUUCGGUACCGGUGCAGGUGCCGUCCAUGCCUCUGCACCAGGCCAUGGUCGACUACGUGUGGCAACAGCGGGCCAACCCGUUCGCCGUGGCCGCGGCCGCGGCGGCCGCAUACUCGGCCGGCGGCGGACUGCCCUGUUGGUUGCCCAAGCUCGAUUUGGACCCGCACCACCACCACCACCACGGCGCUCUAGUCAACAGAAGCGCGGUCGCGGCCGCCGCGGCCGACUACUCUUCCGCUUUCCGGCCGGUGUACCCGGUGACCGUGGCUGCGGCGGCCGCGGCCGCUGCGGUCGCUGCAGCCGCCGCGGACGACGACGACGACAACAACGAUGAUGAAGAAGACGACGGCGGCGGUGGCGGUCGUGUUACCGAAUGUGGUGCGGAUGACGACGAAGACGGUGAGAUCGACAUCGAGACGUGCCCCGACGAAAAGGACACGUAGGAGACGAUUGUAGUUUGUUAUUAAUAUUAUUAUUAAUUACCGUUAAUUAUCAUUA